AUGAUGAAUAGAAUGACGACUGGAAAAGUCGAAAACCCAUUGCAUUUAUCAUUCAGAAAUCCACAUUGGCCGCCAAAUAUGAUUACACCAGAUAAUGUGUUGGAUUAUUUUUGCAUUCAAGCCAAUCAUUUUUACGAUAUGGGAUCUUGUAAUCAACAAAUUCGAAUGCAAAAUAUCAAUCGACCAGUUGAAGAAUGUCUAAGAACAAUGGCCGGAAUUCAAUAUAUUCUUUGGCAUGCACAACCUCCACUUUAUAUUAUUUGUAAACAACGAAGAAAUAAUAUCAAUAAUGUGACACCUCUCGCCUAUUAUUAUGUUAUCAAUGGAAAUAUUCAUCAAGCACCAGAUAUGUAUUCUGUAGUUCAAUCGAGACUGUUAGGAUCUUUGGAACCUUUGAGAAAUGCGUUUCAAGAAGUCACAAAUUAUUUGAGGUAUAAUACGGCGAAAGGUUAUUAUUGGGAAUUCAAAGGGAGGCCGCAAGUUAAGAGAGAGAAAAAGGAGACAGAAGAUGAUGAAGAGGAGAAGCCGAUAGAAGAAAGAAGCACGAAUUUUCAAAAAACUAGGACUUUUAUGCUUCUCGAUCAACUUUUAGCUGAAUUACCAGCAGAUGAAGCAAUCGAGCCACUUGAGGUAUGUAAUUCAAGAUUGAAAAAAAAUAUCAUAAAAAGCUCAAUUUUCAGCUAAAACCUGCCACUGCAACAACAUCCGUAAAAGAGAAAAAAGCUCCCGUUUUCGCUGAGCCAACUGGUAGAGGAAGUGGUAAAUCUGCUGCCAAUCACGAAUAA